UACAGUCAGGUAUAAAUACGAGAGUUAAACCAGGCAGAGUGUGUGAGUCACCAGUUUGAAACAGCUAAAAAACAAAGCAGUCAAAAUGAACGGCAAGAUCGUCUUCUACGAGGACAGGAACUUCAUGGGGCGCUCCUGGGAGUGCACCAGCGACUGUCCUGACAUGUCCUCCUACAUGAGCCGCUGCCACUCCUGCAGGGUGAUGAGCGGCUGCUGGAUGGUCUACGACCAGCCCAACUACAUGGGUCACCAGUAUUUCGUGAGGAGGGGCGAGUACUCUGACUACAUGAGCAUGUGGGGAUUCAACAGCUGGAUCAGGUCUUGCCGUAUGAUCCCCAGGUCCAGCGGAUCCUACAGAGUGAGGGUCUACGAGAGGGAUAACUACAUGGGUCAGAUGAUGGAGAUGAGCGACGACUGCGAGAACUUCAUGGAGCGCUACAACUGGUCCCACGGAUGCCAGUCCUGCCACGUGAUGGACGGCCACUGGCUCAUGUACGAGCAUCCCAACUACAUGGGCAGGAUGUGGUACUUCGGACCCGGACACUACAGGAACUUCAGCAACUAUGGCAACAUGAGGUUCAUGAGCAUGAGGCGCAUCAUGGACUCCUGGUUCAGCGAACAAAUCGUAUCCGUGAGGACCGACGUACUGCAUGAAGCUGUUCCCUGUGUGCUUACGCGCUCAUCUCCCCCUCCCUCUGCAGACAGGUGCGUCCAAAACUAAGAUGAUCGGCCCCUGAAUAGCAUCAGAUUGGGACUUCUGGUAUUUUUUUUGUUUUAUUUUUUUAUGUUUUUUAUUUUUUUUUCCUAUAAAGAUUUGAAAAUAAAAGUCGUGUUGCUGUUCCA